CUGACAAGAAACUACCCCCAAAACCCUACUACACACAGACAUCCUCACUCUAACACAUACACAACCACAACCAACUAACAUGUCUCACCCCGGCAUUCUCCACCACUACGCCCCCCGCCUCGUCGCCUUCGAAUUCACCCCUCCCAACAGCACCCCCAGCACCAACGCCCUCCUCUUCAUCGGCGGUCUAACCGACGGCCUCCUCACAGUCCCCUACGUCCCAACCCUCGCCUCCGCCCUCUCCACCACAACUACUACCACCCCCAACAACAAGAACACAUGGAGCGUCUUCAACGUCCUCCUCACAACCUCCUACCAAGGCUGGGGCGUGAACAGUCUCGACCGCGACAUCGAAGACCUUGCCCAAUGCAUAACCUACAUCCGGAAACUCAAAGGCCCUGAAUUCAAGAUCGUCAUAAUGGGCCAUUCGACAGGCUCCCAAGACGUGCUUCACUACCUCUCAGCCCCGAACCCAAUCCCACACAACCCCGCCGUCAACGGACUUCAAUACCUCACCAGACCCCCCGUCGAUGGCGCAAUCAUGCAAGCGCCCGUUUCGGACCGCGAGGGAAUGCACAUCACUAUCACUACGGCCGAGGCGCGAGGUGCCUACGAGCAGCUGGUUGGAUUGGCGAAGGCUGCUGUGGUUGAGGAUCCGAGGGCGAUUUUGCCGCUGAAUCUGACGAGUUUGGUGGGAUUGGAUGCGGAGACGCCGGUCAAUGCGUGGCGGUUUUUGAGUCUGGCGAGUCCCGGGAGUCCUGAGAAUCCGAGCCAGGAUGAUUUGUUUAGUGCGGAUUUGGGGGAUGAGAAGCUCCGUGGGACGUUUGGGGUUGUGGGAGAGAGGGGGCUGUUGGGGGGAAGGCUUAUGGCGUUGUAUUCGGGGGCGGAUGAGUAUAGGAAGCCGGGGUUGGAUGUGGAGGGGUUGAUGAAGAGGUGGCAGAAGGUGACGGACGAGGGGGCUGGAGAGGUGAAAUGGGAUGGGGAGGGGAGUGCGGUGAUUGAGGGGGCGAGUCAUAAUGUGCAGGAUGUUGGACAAGUGGAAUUGGUGGAGAGAAUAUCUAGACAGCAGACAAACACACAUUGA